AUGUACGCAGGGACCACGUCCAUGUUUCCUCAAGAAGAGCCGGGCAGGCAAGCCUAUGGCUAUGCGCAGACUCUCCCGGCCACACAGAACAGCACGUAUACCGGCAACGGGACAAGCAGUGCUUUCAGCGCCUCGGCGCUGCCCCACGAGGACUGGACACAGAUUGCGGAUCUUGCUGAGCGCCGGAGGAUACAGAACCGCAUCGCCCAGCGCAACUACCGGAAGAAGCUCAAGCGUCGCAUGGAGGAUCUUGAGCGCCGCGCGGGCUCCAACGAGCCAGAGGACGAAGAGAUCUCGGACAAGAAGCCCAGCCCACCGCCCACCAAGGCCAAGCGCACACCCAGCAAAGCUGCCUCCAAGGCCAAGACGGAGCCUAGGUCACAGGGAACGGCACCCGAGUUGCAGAUGCAUCUCACACCUCCAAUGGAGAACAAUGACGACUAUCUUUUCCCGCCUUGUACCCGCCAGAACUCGCACACGCCUCCCAUGUAUCAUUUUGGCGCUGCGUACCCUCCACCCGAGGAGACACUGCCCAGCAAUUACGAUACGACGAGCCCCUACCAGACACCCGCGACGACACAUGACAGCUACGCCUACCCUGUUGUGGCCCCUCUGGUCUCGACAAUGCCGUCCAUGUCACACUUUAGCGAUGCCUAUAAGCAGGAGUCGUUCUCCAGCGACGGCGGAUACAACCACACCAGCCAGCAUGGCAACAUCUGGCCCUACUGGAACUCGAUGGACUCCAAUUACGCCCGGUCCAAUGCUGCUACGCCUCCGCUGUCACAUUCAUUUGAGCAGUCAGCCAACUGCUCCGAGACGGGCCUCGAAGCCUUGGAGCUGCCCACGACACCGCUCUCCAUGUCCGAGUCGCCGGGCAUGAUGCCACACAUGGCGGUAGAGUCGGGCGGGCGGUUUUUGCCCUGGGAUACGUCCCUUUGGGAAACCACCGACGACCGCGUACGAGGCGGCUCCAGCGUGUCCCACCUAACCGUCCGCGACGGCAAGGCUGCCCGCUUCCACGGCACCCUCGACACGUCAACGCUCGGGGGCGCAGGCUUCGCCUCGCAGCAGACGCGGGGCACGAACCACUGGGACCUCUCCCGGUACGAGGGGCUGCUCCUCCGUCUGGGCGAGGGCGACGGCAAGCGAUACGUGAUCACCCUGAAAGACGAAAUCCCAGGCCGCCGACCGGACGGGCGCAUGGAGAGCGGCGUCAGUUGGGAGGCAGAGUUCACCUCGAGCAAGGCUGACGCCACAGAGGUGUGGUUACCGUGGGGGCAGUUCAAGGCGACCUACCGCGGCCGCCCCAAGGACGACGCGACACCACUGGACACGGCCAAUGUCAAACGAGUCGGGCUCAUGAUGAGGAGCUUCUUCGACUCACAGCAUGGGGACUUUGCCAUCACGCUACGGAGUAUCACGGCGACGAGUUCUCCUUCGGGACAGGACGCGGGCGCCGCGUCUGAUCAUCACGCCAAUGAGCGUGGUCAGGACGACGAUGGCGACGACGAGGAUGAGCUGGCAAGAUACAAGCAUGAUGCCCAGAUUAGGCGGCACAGCAUGCGCGGCUACGAGGACAUGGCACUGUAA